AUGGCUAAACGUUCGGGAAGACCAAAGCCAAAAUCGAUCAAGAGCAAGGCGAUUAACAAGAAUAGCAAGCGUAAGCUUGACACUCUUGGAAAGAAGCUGAAGAAGGGGUAUGCUGGUGAGGCGAUUCUCUACAUGACUCGUUCUCAAGCGCUGCGUAAGUUAAGUCUGAGUUUGAAGGAUUUCCGCCGAAUUUGCAUUUUGAAGGGAAUCUAUCCCCGCGAGCCCAAGCACAAGCCAAACAAGACGCAAACCUAUUAUCAUGCGAAGGAUAUCGCGUAUAUCUCCCACGAGCCGAUUAUCGAUUACUUCCGCAAGAUGAAAACGUUCCUAAAGAAGCUCUCUCGCUCUCACGGUCGUGGUGAGAAAUCGGAAGUUCUCCGCAAAUGGGAGAACAAGCCCGAGAUGAAUCUGGAUCAUCUGGUCAAGGAGCGUUAUCCGACGUUCAACUCCGCUCUGACCGAUCUGGACGACGCUCUGUCGAUGAUCCAUCUGUUCGCCCUUCUGCCCGCCACAUCGAGCAUCCGAGCCUCGAAAUCGCAGACAUGCCGUCGUCUGUGCCACGAGUGGAACUUCUACAUCAUCCAGAGCCGCAGUCUGCGGAAGGUUUUCAUCAGCAUUAAGGGCGUCUACUACCAAGCGGAGAUCCAGGGCCAGAAAAUCACUUGGCUCGUUCCGCACAAGUUCUCUCAGGACCUUCCUGGCGACGUCGACUUCCAGGUCAUGCUCACCUUCCUCGACUUCUACCAAGUGUUUCUCCGAUUCGUCCUCUACCGCCUCUAUUUUACCGCGGGAAUGAAGUACCCGCCCUCCGUCGACGCCCUCCGCGACUGCGAGGGCGCAGAAAUCGACGCGUUAACCGCGGAACUCGACGUGGCCCCCGCGGACAGCGAGGAAUCGCGGGAAUUGGCCGGUCGGCGCGGGCGUUUCAUCUGA